AAGCGGAUGAUGUGUAUGUUUAGUGUCUUGUUGGUGUUUUUAAGAAGCUACAUGGCGUUAGAUACAUCCGAGAGACGAAGCCGUGACGCCAGUCAGCCUCCGAGCGGUGAAAGUUCGUAACCGAAUCCCCGCGGACGGUUUGUUUCCCGGCUGACCCGCAGACCGCGGUGGGGGGAGAGUAGAUGGGGCUCCGUACCACCGGAGGAUGGAGGACCUAACCGGGGGUCGUCAUGUCUUCCCUGACGGUGUGGCGCUACACCAGCGGCCGUGUCCUCGGAGGAUGGGGCCCGCUGCUGUGCGUCGCGCUGGGCUCCCUGGUGGCCCUCCUGAUGCCCCUGGUCCGGGUGGAGGAGCGCUGCUGCGCCUCCCUGAAGGGCAUCGCCCAGCUGCGGUGCCAGCUGCUGGGGAGCUCCCCGCAGCCUCCCGCCGCGCAGUCCACCAGCCUCACCGUCCCCUUCACCGCGCUGGAUGUGCUGCCGCAUAAAUCCAAGCCCAGCAAAGAGAUGGUGCUGGAGGCCAAAGCGGCGCUGCAGCAGGCUCUGGAGAUGAAAAAACUGGGAAAGAGGGAGAAGGCCCACAAGCUGCUGGUGCAUGCGCUCAGCAUGAACCCAGACUUUGUGGACGCCCUGACGGAGCUGGGGACCAUUCUGGAGGAGGAGAAGGACGUCGUCCAGGCGGACCACCUCUACACCAAAGCUCUGGCCAUCUCGCCGUGCAACGAGAGAGCUUUGGUCAGCCGCGACCGAACCCUUCCCCUGGUGGAGGAGAUCGACCAGCGUUAUUUCAGUCUCAUCGACAGUAAAGUGCAGCGGCUCAUGUCCAUUCCUAAAAGCAACUCCGCGCUCCGCCGGGUGAUGGAGGAGACGUACUACCAUCACAUCUACCACACCGUGGCCAUCGAAGGCAGCACGCUCACCCUCUCCGAGAUCCGUCACAUCAUCGAGACGCGCUACGCCGUCCCGGGAAAGAGCCUCCAGGAGCAGAACGAGGCCAUCGGGGUCGACGCCGCCAUGAAGUACAUCAACACCACACUCCUGUCCAGGUCCGGCGCCAUCACCGUCGGGGACAUCCUGGAGAUUCACCGGCGGGUGCUGGGCUACGUGGACCCGGUGGAGGGGGGCAGGCUUCGCACCAACCAGGUGUUUGUGGGCCACCACAUCCCGCCCCACCCCCAGGACCUGCAGAAGCACAUGCAGGAGCUGGUGCAGUGGCUCAACUCUGACGAGGCCCUGCAGCUGCACCCCGUGGAGUACGCCGCUCUCGCCCACUACAAGCUGGUGUACGUGCACCCGUUCGUGGACGGCAACGGACGCACGUCCCGGCUGCUCAUGAACCUCGUGCUCAUGCAAGCACGGUACCCGCCGAUCACGAUCCGGAAGGAGCAAAGGGCGGAGUACUACGCAGCUCUGGACACCGCCAACGAGGGGGACGUCCGGCCCUUCAUCCGCUUCAUAGCCAAAUGUACAGAAAUAACCCUGGACACUCUGCUGAUUUCCACGACGGAGUACGCCGUCGGGCUGCCGGGAGCCGGCCAGGACCAGGCCUGUCCCGACUGCAAACAGACAAUCCCGGCCCACACCUGAGCCGGGCGGGAACAGGGAAAAGAAACCAAACGUCUGCAGGGAUAACAGCCGAAAAAGCUUUUUCACAUUGAUUUAUAUUGGGCAUGAUCAAACCUCUCCGGGCCUGUCAUCAGUCUUCAAGAAGGGAUAUCAUGUUGACAGAGUGGAGGUUUAUACAAACCGUGUUUGUGUGAAUUAAAGGAGAUAAAUUUGAAUCAUUUUAUUGUGAUUUAACUCUUGCCAACGGGACGAAAACGGCGAUUUCCACUGCAGAUGUGUCGUGUGACAGUUAGAUCUCGGGAUAAAGAUGUCUUCUACACUGUAACGCACUUUGACUUGGAUUAUUUAUUUGAAAAUAAAGAGUUUUGUUAAC